GCGUAUAUCAAGAUCGGGUGCGGGUGGUAACUUCCGUCGAUGCUGCCCUCACCAGGCUCGAAGCUAUAGACCUAUAGCCUAACUUGCCAUCCCGUCAACGACAGAUGCUUGGAUGGGCAUUGGACCACGCUCGUGGGGUCCCCUUGUCUUCUCCGCAUUGUGGGGAGCGUCCAGACAUGCAAAACACUCAGGAAACUUGCAAGGAAUGACCGUCGUACGGUUUGUUUCUCCUCUUGAGACAGAUGGGCCAGCCUGGCCGGUGCCCCGGCCCGAUCGAGAUUUUGGACAAAAAAGUGGCCUGACAUUCAUACGAAAUAUAAGAAACGCAACGGCGACAACGUUGUCUACAACGGCGAGCGCCCUCCGGCACCCACAACAGCGCAUCGCACGCAGCGUAUCACAGGGCGCGUCAGGUAGCCAGAAGCAGCAGCAGCCAUGGACGUUAUCCUCCCCCUCGCCGACGAGUACCUACUCGACUCCCUCUACGCGAAGCUCAUUCCCCUCUCCGCGUUCGCCGCGACGCCCGAAGCGUACGAGGGUCUGAACAGCACGCUCGUCCCCUCCAAGUGGACCCAGCUCGUGUCCCACCUCCCGCACCCGCCGCUGCCCGAGGUCGCCGCGUACGAGGCCGUCUCUGCAUGGCCGCGCGACUACCUCCUUCGCGAGUCCAUUUCCAUCACCGUCCUCACCCUCCUCGGUAUUCACCUCCUCUACUUCUCCACCGCCUGGUUCUCGUACAACUUCAUCUUCGACAAGCGCAUGAUGCGCCAUCCGAAGUUCCUCAAGGACCAGGUCCGGCUGGAGAUCGUGACGAGCUUGAAGGCGUUCCCCAUGAUGACGCUGCUUACCCUGCCGUGGUUCUUGGCCGAGGUGCACGGCUACAGCCGGCUGUAUGACAAUGUCGGCACGUACGGAUGGCCGUACUUCCUGUUCUCGAUAUUCUUCUUCCUCGCAUUCACGGACUACUGCAUUUACUGGGCGCACCGGUGGUUGCACAUCCCCGUGAUCUACCGCUGGCUGCACAAGCCGCACCACAAGUGGAUCAUCCCCACCCCCUUCGCCUCGCACGCCUUCCACCCCUGCGACGGCUACAUCCAGUCCCUCCCCUACCACAUCUUCAUCUUCCUCUUCCCUCUCCACCGUUAUCUCUACCUUGGCCUCUUCGUGUUCGUGAACUUCUGGAGCAUCUUCAUUCACGACUCUGAUAUGAUCACCGGCCACCCGCUCGAGAACAUCAUCAACGGCCCCGCGCACCAUACCCUCCACCACGUCUACUUCACGGUGAACUACGGCCAGUACUUCACUUGGUCGGACCGUGCUGGCGGCUCGUACAUGCACCCGGACUACAAGUUCGACCCGUUGCGAGAUAUCAAGGAGGAGAAGAAGGCGCAAUAGACAUUUCUCAUGUCGACUGCGACGACUGGUGCAAGAGAAUGUGACUUAUAGGACUCUGGAAUACGGGGUACGCGGGGAAACUAAUGACUACCGAGGUUGCACGCCUUGGGUACUUACCAAACGAAUGCGCUGCCGUACAAAAACUCCGGCGCCCGCGGCAGCGCUGGUGACGACGAUCUACUCAUCGCAAACUCAUCAUGUACUACAAUAUCUUUAUCCGCAUACAUAUGCAUACCGUAAUUGGGCGUUAGGUAUACCAAUAGACCAUGCAAGGAUUGGAAAAGGAAUUUGUUGGUGUGCAAUGUGAGGAACAGGUUUAGG